AUGGCCACCAAGAUGCAAUGUGCACAGUUCACCAGAGCUCCUUCUGCCAUGGUAGGUUUCAAACACGGAGCAUUUCUGGCUUUCCGCCGGCAGGCUGAGCCGCUCGAUGAAGCGCAAGGUCUAAAGGACCCCAGAAGUUUCAUCGACUUCUUGACGUCUGCAGACAUCCGCCUAGUUCGCCUCGAGUUUCUGCUGGAACUUCAUCAAGAUGGCCUUGCGAUGCCACGGCGGCAGGAAGCCGAAACGAUGUGCACUAAGAAUGGCGCCACAGCCCUGGUGACGCUGGAAGAGUAUCAACGGUUGCUGGUCAAUGACAAUACAGGUCAUAUCUCUAUUCGUGCAGGUCCGAAGCAUCAAUUGGUCACAGUCCAUUUUCGGUCGCUAAGCCACAUGUGGGAAUCCAUGCAACACCCGGACCCCUGGAGAUAUCAACUUGGUGUAGCCGCUGAACUAUACCAAAAUCUCCAGGAUGUGGUCUGGGUGUUCGUGGAUUUCAUCAGCCUGUAUCAAUACAAGCGUAAUGACUCUCAAGACAGCAGCUUCCGGAAGGCCUUAGAUAGGAUGCACAUGCUGUACUCCCAUGAAAUGGUCCAAGUCGACAUCUUGGAGGACCUCACACCAGAAAAGAUGAAGGUGGAUGGCACCCUUUUUGUCUAUGACCCAACCGAAGAUGCCAUGAAGUGGGUACCGAUCACAUCGCUGAAGCUCAACCCACUCCCGCACGCUCUCCGGGGCUGGUGCCAGGCCGAAAAGGAAUGGGCCCGGCUGCGGAUGAUGCUCACCGCCAUGGGCAUCCCCACUCCUCCGGAGAUCUUCCGGCAACGGAUGGGGCAGAUGAAAUUCACCCACCGGGAUGAUGCGGAGCAAGUCUUCCAGCUCCAGGCGAAGGUGUUUCAAGAGAAGAUCAGUGGCACGACCCACCUGCAUUUGGAACGGCUGAGUGCCCAAGAUCUGGAAGCCCUGCAUGAGGCAUUGCCAUAUUAUCAGAAGCUGCAGUUCGUGGUGGUCAAUGGUAUCAGGCUACAUGGCAGGGAUGCAGUUGCUUUGGUGCAGUCCGGGGCGCAUGAUGUGCAGAUGGAAUCCUGUCAGUUGCAAGAUGAAGAUGCGAUCUUGAUUGCGGAGGCAUUGGUGAAGGACAAGACAGAUCGCUUGCGAGUGCUUAGCUUGACUGGAAAUGGCAUCAGCGAAAAGGGGCGCUCGGCCCUUCACCAAGUGAUGGAGCAACGUGAAGCAGUGAAGAAGGUCGUUGGGGAAAAGAACGAAAAGGCCAAGCAUCGGGCUCCGAUUUUUUGUUUGAAGGACUGGGCGGAGGUGCAGAAACCGAUCAGGAUGGGCAGUGGCAGUUCCGCAGCUCAUCAUCUGACUGAGGAGGAGGCGGCAGCUGUGUCUGCUGGCCUGACACAGGCUCCAAGCUUGAAGGACAAGUUGGAGAAACUGCAGGCCGAUGUGGAGAAGUCUGAAAAGCUGGAAGAGGAGGUUUUGAUGCUGCAGAAGAGAGUGAAGGAACUGGAGGCCGAAAAAGCUGCGCCAAUAGACCCUGAGGCAGACAGAGCCGCUGCAGAAGAAUGUCAAGACCUCAGUGAGAACAUCUGUGAAGCCGCACAGAAGGGCAACGUUGCUGCAGUACGGCAUUUCCUCCGCACAGACCUAAGUGCAGAGCCUGAGAGCCUCGAGAGAAAGGAGCAGGGUGAGAGCCUCGGAGCUAGCGAAGCUGAAAUCGGAAGUCUCAUGAUGCGUCUGACGCCGCUGCUGAUGGCGGCUGAGGAAGGCCACAGCGAGGUCGUGGCACUGCUGUUGAAGUCCGGCGCUUCCCUGGAGGCGACGGAUCACAGUGGCCAGACGCCGCUGCACCGGGCGGCCAGUAAAGGCCACAUUGAGGUUGUCGAGCUGCUGCUGAAGUCGGGCGCCCCCGUGGAGAAAGCGGACAAAUUCGGCCGGGGCCCCGGAGCUGAAUGGUUUCGCCAGAAUGGGCUGGGUGGAGAUCAGGUUUUGUUUACCAUGCCCAAAACCCGAAAAGACCGCAACGUCUCGCACAUUUGCUUGACAAUGCCCAACGAGUUCAGAAAUAUGGCUUCGUUCAGGCCUCCAUAUCAACGCGUCUCGGCACUGCACUGGGCCGCCAGCGAGGGCCGCGCCGCGGUGGCGGAGAAGCUGAUCUUGGCGGGGGCCAAGGUGGAAGCGACCACCGGCGACGGCCAAACGCCGCUCUUCAAGGCCGCCUUCUACGGCCACGUCUCUGUGGUGGAGCAGCUGCUGAAGUCUGGAGCCUCCGUGGAGGCCAGGGACAGCUUUGGCCGCCAGACGCCGCUGUUCGAUGCUGCUGAGAGGGGCUGUGUCUCUGUGGUCGAGCAGCUCCUGAAAUCUGGCGCUUCGGUGGGGGCGCAGAGUGAGAACGGCCUCGGCCUCAACGGCAAGGGCAAGACGCCGCUGCAUGCAGCGGCUUGGAACGGCCAAGCAGAAGUGGUCGAGAAGUUGAUCGCUGCGGGCGCCAAGGUGGACGCGACCAAUGGUGCAGGCCGUGGCCUCAGGGACCGGGGCUGGCGGCUGCUGGUGUCGAUUGAUUGGGGGGAUACGUUGAAAACGAACUGGUAA